ACGUUCCUCAGUAGGAUAGACAGAGUGAAUUUUAACAGAAGCAAAGGAGUAGAAGUGAAGUGAAGCUGACUUUCAUUCCAGGAUGAAGAUCCUCCUCCUUGUCACGCUCUACCUUUUCUCAGGUCCAGUAGACUGCACUGAUGUGACUGGCUUCUCAGGAGGAAGCGUCAUUAUAAUCUCUGAUCUACAAUGGAAUUCAAACCAUACUAAAUAUAUUUGUAAAAUGUCACAAACUGAUUGCGUUGAUAUCAUACGUUUCCACAGCCAAAGUAUCCAUGUUCAGUACAAAAGAUUCUUGCUGUAUAGAAACACAGGAGGUUCUUUCUUAGUGUUGAUCAGAAAGCUGAAGCCACAGGAUGCUGGAACGUACAGAAUUGGAGUGGAAGAUCAGAGCAACUCCACCGUGAACCUUAAAGUUCGUAAUGAUGCAUCUUAUGGGGCGCCAAAAAUAAUGAAUGCUAAUCUUGGGCAGAAUAUAACUAUCACCUGUAACUAUCCAGGGGAGUAUGCAAAAAACAACAAGUAUGUCAUCACACUGGAUGAUGAGGCUUAUGUCAAAGCCAUUAUUGACACUCAAACAAUAGAUGAGAACGGCAGAUUCUCCAUUUCUGAUGACAGAAGUGCUAAAGUUCUCAGUGUGAGCCUCAGCGAUGUGAAAGAAGCUGAUGGAAUAUUUUAUUUAUUUGGAGUGUGGAAUGGAGGAGGGACAAUCAGGUAUUACUCCUACUUUGCAGAGAUUCAGCUGCAUGUAACAGGAUCCUAUAUAACAGCAUCACCAGCACCGCGAGAAAACCCAUCUGGUGCAGUAUAUUCCAGUUCCUCUGCCAUCAUCAGUGUUUGUGUCUUUGUGGCUCUGCUGCUGACUGGAGGAUUUGCACUGAUGAUCAUCUACAAACUGAGACACAGGAGAACACAUGGCAAUACAAGUUUCAGCUCGUUUGUCCAAGAGGAAACAGAAUAAACAAGACUGUGACCUGCAAAACCGUACUGAUCACAAUCAGUGACAGUUUGGUAACAUCUGCAGCUUCUGGAGGACUGCUAACCAUUCUUUAUAUAAGUGUUGUUUUUAAUUAAUUUUUUUUUUUAUCUGCUUUGCUAAAUUGCUUUUAUGAAAUGUAAAGUUUGAGAAAGGUGCUAUAUAAAUGAAACUUCUUGUUCUUCUUCUUCUGGCUAGGGUGUCUAUGGAAGCCCAUAGAACCGUCUGGUAAAUGUUGUGAAAUUUGGUACACUGAUUGGGGAGGGUCUAAGAAACAUCCUGACCAAAUUUGGGCCAAGUGCUUCCAAUGUUCUAGCACUAACAUCGGGUCAAAUUUGGGCCUAAUUUGGAUGUUUAUGGUCAUCAUUUUUUUUUACUUGUGCGUGCAACAUUUUAAAGCCCUGGAUUCCCUGGGUCAAAAUGAACGCAUUUUCAGGACCAUGACCUGAGGUUAUGCAACAAGUUUAUUACAGCCUAAAUAUGAACCUGCCUCUAACCUCCUCUGACCAAGAUGAUAAUGGGGAAUCUAUUUAGUGCUGUAAUCACAUUUGACACAUUGAACUUUUUCUGUUUCAAUUAUGUUGUUUAUGGGGUUUUUUUAAAAAAAGAAGAAAAAAAAAGAAAAGUACAGCAAUAUUCUAAACAAUGAAGAAAUGAUAAUAAAAAAGGUAUAUGUGAUGAUGACAUGUGUGAUGAAAUUCUCUUUCCCGUUCCUGUACUUUUUCUGUUUCAAUUUUAUGUGUGUUUAUCUCCACACACCGCAGAGGGAAGACUGUCUUCCUAAAACUAUAAGUUCAAUUUACUUGUAUUAAUCUUGCAUUAGGACAAUCCUCAAAUCACUGACAUGAACAUUAUAAAAGAUGUUCCAAGUGUAUUGCUAUGAAAUCUAAAGAAAUGUCAAAAGACAACCAAGCAUGAACAAAACAUGAGGGUUAAAUAGAGAGCUGUCCUCAGACUGGAACAUCCACCGUUUUCUACACACAAAGAAAAAUAGGUUUAUGUCCUGUUCUCAGGCCCGGAUAGGCAGCCUGUGUGUUGUGACUGAUUUGGCCUGCUUUUUUUUUCUUUCCUUCUUUCUUCUUCUUUUCUUUCUUUUUUUUUUACUUGUGAUGCCACCAACUGACUUCUUGCACUUCCUGUAAAUUUAGUUUGGUCCAUAUAGUCAAACUUGAUUGAUUAAUAAAUCAUGAGCCCACCAGACUUGCAAUACUAUUGCUUAUCAUUCGCCUCAUCUCUGUAAGCAGCAUGAAACAGAAAGCAAUGUAGAUGCACUGAAGAAUGGGUGAGCAGUGACUAGGUGGAGCUGAGUGAAAAGCAAGUACGUAGCUAAUGUUAUCUAAUUAGGCAGUAUUAACCGCAAUAUCACUGUCUAGCAAAUAAAACCACCACUACACUGCAAAAAAGCCAUCUUAGCCAUGAAAAUACAUUGAAUAUAGUUGAAUGUAUCUAAUAUUUCCUAUUAUUAUUAUUAUUAUUAUUAUUAUUAUUAUUAUUAUUAUUAUUAUUAUUUAGAUUACAACAGACCAAAUAUAAAAUAAUUAAACUUAUUGGAACCCUUUUUCUUUCUUUCUUUCUUUUAUUUAUUUAUUUAUUUAUUUUUAACAAUUAAAAAAAAAAACAUUUUUUAAAUUCUACUGGCAGAUAAUUGUGCUUCAGUCUAGAAAUAAAGACUUAAAAUGUGCUCAAUAA